UGCAUGCCCUUACUUCCAUAACUGUUUUCUCUUCUUCUCCAAGAAAACUGCUUCACAUCCAUUCCCAACUCUCUUUCUCUUGCUUUCUUUCUCGCCACGUUUUCUCUUUCUCUCGGUUUUACCCACAUGUAUAAUCCAACUUCAUUUCUUCUUUCCUUUUAUGGUUACAUAUAACCUCCAAACACAUCCCCUAUUCAUUUAUUUGAUUGGUUUCGUUUCACGUCCCGACUUAAUUCUGUAGAUAUACAUCCAACUUGGGCUUCUGUUCUUGGUUGUUUGAUUGGUUAUAGCAUUCUGUGCUUCUCUUACAGUUUGCGCGGUUUUAUUGUACCGUUAUGUGUUUCGACAAUAUGUUGCUAGAAAUCUGUCACAAUGGGUCCAGUCCACGGUUGAAAGUUGAUGAGAUUGGAACUUCAGCUUCGAACGAAUCCGUUAAGCAAGAGGCAAGCGAUGAAUCAGAUCAUAUGAGGGUCGAGAAUUCGGUCUGGGAGACCUCGAGCAACGAGGGAUCAACGGUUUCAGAUUGCGAGAGUGCUGUUUCUGGUAGCACUUAUGUGCGGCACCAGAUGUUCGAUGAAGGUUUUCUUAGACUCGCUGAAGGAGAGAGGGCUCAUGAUCUCAUUCGCAGAAGAUUCAUUCUGGGUUUGGGGACGCUUGGGGCGAAAACGGAGGUCGUUGCAAUCCAUAGAAAUGCUUGUUCUAGCGUUACGGCGCGAGCUCGAAUUCAAUCAUUUGAGGUUUAUAUGCGAGCUGAGGAAAAGCGUCGUGGUAAUGCCAAUGUGAAGUAUGCAUGGUAUGGGACUUCUGGCAAGGAAGAGGUACGAGAGAUUAUUUCCCAUGGUUUUUGUAAUGGCGGUAAAACUCAGAAUAAUGGACAUUUUGGUUGCGGAUUAUCUCUCUCUUCAGAUGAUUCUCCUAUGGAAAGUUUGAAAAGCUCUAAUGUUGACAAAGACGGUCUAAGGCACUUAUUACUAUGUCGCGUUAUUUUGGGGAGGCAGGAGCUUGUGCAUCCUGGUUCUGAGCAAUGCCAUCCUAGUUCUGACGAAUAUGAUUCAGGGGUGGACAGUCUUUCAGCUCCUAAGAAGUAUAUCAUUGGGUGUACCCGGAUGAAUUCUCAUAUUUUUCCGGAAUACGUUAUAAGUUUCAAGGUUCCUGGCAUGAAAGGGCUAACGAAGUUUGAAGAAACUUUAAAAACGCCAUCUUCCCCUUGGAUGCCAUUUCCAAGUCUAAUUUCUGUGCUCUCGAAGUUCUUGCCUCCAUCUACUAUUGCCUUGAUCUCCAAAUUCCACAAAGAUCACACAGAAAAGAAGAUUUCACGGCGUGAACUCAUACAAAAAGUAAGACAAAUAGCAGGAGACGAGUUGUUGAUUUCAGUCAUCAAAUCUUUCAGAGCAAGAAAACGUGCAACCGUUCAGCUAAGGUGAAGAACUGAAGUAGAAUAAGACAGCUUGGUCAUUAAAACUGAACAAGUUGUAUCCCAAGAUCUAUUAUGAGCUGUUAACAUGUAGAUAUCACACCGGAGUUGACAUGAUGCUCACUGACUCGGAAUCACUAAUAGAGAGAAGACACAAUCCGCUCGAGGGGUCACUGGUCACUGACUUGUUAACCGAUCUUCACCGUACGGCCUGGUUGAGGAGCAGCGUGACUCUUGAGGAUUUGAUAAAUGGUGAAUUGUAAUCACGGUGGUAUUAUCGAGUAACAGUUUUCCUCUUUCUUUUCUUUCUUUCUCUACUUUUUCCCCCUCUAGUAGCAAGUCGGAAUGGAAUGAUAUCAACCAGGAACAAGGAAAGUUAUAUGGACAUCUUGAAUGGCUUUCACUGUGGUUCCUUCUCUCAAUUGUAAACCCCCCCUGUUUUGUCAGUAUAUGAUGAUACUUUUUAGAAUUUGGAUCCA